AUGUCUUUCAAGGUCGCUGAUGUUUCGCUCGCCGCCUUCGGCCGCAAGGAGAUCGAGAUCGCUGAGAACGAGAUGCCCGGUCUUAUGUACAUGCGUGCCAAGCACGGCGCCAGCAAGCCCUUGAAGGGCGCGCGUAUCGCGGGCUGCCUGCAUAUGACCAUCCAGACCGCUGUCCUCAUCGAGACCUUGACUGCUCUCGGUGCUCAGGUCUCUUGGUCGUCCUGCAACAUUUUCUCCACUCAGGACCACGCCGCCGCGGCUAUCGCUGCGACUGGUGUCCCCGUCUAUGCCUGGAAGGGUGAGACCGAGGAGGAGUACCUCUGGUGUAUCGAGCAGACCCUCUGCGCGUUCCCGGAUGGCAAGCCCCUCAACAUGAUCCUCGACGACGGUGGCGAUCUUACGACUCUUGUCCACGAGAAGUACCCGCAGUACCUCAAGGACAUCCGCGGCCUUUCUGAGGAGACCACCACUGGUGUUCACCACCUUUACAAGUCCUUCAGGGACGGCAAGCUCAAGGUCCCGGCCAUCAACGUCAACGACUCGGUCACCAAGUCGAAGUUCGACAACUACUAUGGCUGCCGCGAGUCGCUCGUCGACGGCAUCAAGCGUGCUACGGACGUCAUGCUCGCCGGUAAGGUCGCUGUCGUCGCUGGUUUCGGUGAUGUCGGCAAGGGUUGUGCUGAGUCGCUCCGCUCCUACGGCGCGCGUGUGCUGAUCACUGAGAUCGACCCCAUCAAUGCCCUCCAGGCCGCGAUGGCCGGCUACGAGGUCACGACCAUGGAGGAUGCCGCCCCGCGCUCCAACGUCUUCGUCACCACGACUGGUAACCGCGAUAUCAUCACCGCGAAGCACUUCGAGGUCAUGCCUGAGGAUGCCAUUGUCUGCAACAUCGGUCACUUCGACGUUGAGAUCGAUGUUGCCUGGCUCAAGGCCAACGCGAAGUCCGCCUCCAACGUUAAGCCGCAGGUCGACCGCUACACCAUGGCCUCUGGUCGCCACAUCAUCCUUCUCGCUGAGGGUCGCCUGGUCAACCUCGGCUGUGCGACUGGCCACCCGUCGUUUGUCAUGUCCUGCUCGUUCACCAACCAGGUCCUCGCCCAGAUCGCUCUCUGGACUACACCCGAGAAGUUCCCCCUCGGCGUGCACAUGCUCCCGAAGGAGCUCGACGAGGAGGUCGCUCGCGCUCACCUUGCCAGCCUCAACGUCAAGCUCACCCAGCUCACGAACGAGCAGUCGAGCUACCUCGACAUCCCGGUCGCCGGUCCCUACAAGGCCAACCACUACCGUUACUAA